UUCCCCCUCUUUCCAUUUCCAACAAGCUUCUCUGCUCUGCUGUUUUUGCUUCUUCCUAUUGAUUUUCCCAGAAGGCCCUUGGGUUUCUUUUCGGGAAGAGUUUUGAACUUUCUGGCAUUUCGAGCAGUUUUACCAACUGGGUCAGCGAGAAAACAUUCCAGGAAUGUUUGGAUAGUGGAAAAAGCCUCAUAGAACACCUUCCUAUUGAUUUUCCCAGAAGGCUCUUGGGUUUCUUUCAGGGAAAAGUUUUGAACUUUCUGGCAUUUCGGGCAGUUUUACCAACUGGGUCAGCGAGAAAACCUUCCGGGAAUGUUUGGAUAGUGGGAAAAACCUCAUAGAAUGCCUGUGUCAACAAGGUCUCAGAUCACAAAACAGGGGCAAAAUGAGCCAAACUCAGAGCAGCGAACCAGGCCGAGAGCUAAUCAAGAAGACACCCACGUGAAUCUUCCUCUGAGAAAUCCACACCAUGGCCUCAGAGAGAAGAUGAAAGCGUUGACCCUCUUGUAUGAGCAGCAAAAGCAAGCCUCUGCAGCGCUCAAGAGCCAGUCUUUGAGGCCGCCCGAAGAGCACCGGUUUACGACCCACCCAAUCGUCGAGCUCAUCGGUAAGGAAGAAAAAGAAGAAGAAGACAAGGAAUCGAAGCGAAACAAUGUCAUGAGAGAGAACGCAAUGCCCAAAUUGCCUAAUUCUACAAUCACAAAAACUUAUGUUCUGCCUCGGCCGCCGAUCGAUGACGCCAAGGAGAAUGUGGUGGCGGGGUCGGAUCGAAUUGUCGGGUUUUCAUGCCCAAGAAAGGCAACGGUUUCAACCACGGUGGCACGGAAGCUGUCGAUGGGGGCAUUAGCGGGCAUUGGCGUGAGCAAGAAUGUGCAAGAAUUGGAGAAAGUUUCGGAGAAGCCCGGCACGGGUGGGAGUCGGAUUCUUGUGUUUGUGAGGGUCAGGCCCAUGGCCAAGAAGGAAAAGGAAGCUGGUUCAAGAUGCUGCGUCAAAAUUGUGAAUCGACGGGACCUUUAUCUGACGGAAUUUGCGAAUGAGAAUGAUUAUCUGAGGCUCAAGAGGCUUCGUGGGCGACAUUUUACUUUCAAUGCUUCGUUUCCGGACAACGCUACUCAGCAGGAGGUUUAUUCGACUACAAUAGCGGAUCUUGUGGAAGCUGUCCUGCAGGGAAGGAAUGGGUCAGUAUUCUGCUAUGGUGCCACCGGAGCUGGGAAAACAUAUACAAUGCUAGGUACGGUGGAGAAUCCUGGAGUGAUGGUUUUGGCAAUUAAGGAUCUCUUCAAUAAGAUAAGGCAAAGGAGCUCUGAUGGGAACCACACUGUUCAUCUUUCCUAUCUUGAGGUCUAUAAUGAAACCGUACGGGACUUGCUCUCCCCUGGAAGGCCUCUGGUCCUUAGAGAAGAUAAACAGGGGAUGGUGGCAGCAGGUCUCACACAAUACAGAGCUUAUUCUACAGAUGAAGUGAUGGCAAUGCUUCAACAAGGAAACCGAAACCGAACCACCGAACCAACUCGUGCCAAUGAAACUUCUUCGCGCUCCCAUGCUAUUCUGCAGGUUGUGGUUGAAUACCGAGUUAAGGAUGUUGGCAUGAAUGUUGUGAAGAGAGUAGGCAAGUUGUCACUGAUUGAUCUUGCUGGGUCAGAGAGAGCCCUUGCUACAGAUCAAAGGACACUUAGAUCUCUGGAGGGAGCCAACAUAAAUCGAUCACUCCUUGCACUGAGCAGUUGCAUCAACGCCCUUGCGGAGGGCAAGAAACAUAUACCAUUCCGGAAUUCAAAGCUCACCCAACUUCUCAAGGACUCACUAGGUGGUGCUUGUAAUACUGUAAUGAUUGCCAACAUCAGCCCAAGCAAUCUCUCAUUUGGUGAAACCCAAAACACCCUUCAUUGGGCUGAUAGAGCCAAAGAGAUCCGGACAAAGGCAUGUGAGGCAAGUGAAGAAUUGCAACAGCAAGUGCCUGAAUCUGAAACUGACAAGGCCAAGCUUUUACUUGAAUUGCAGAAAGAGAACCGUGACUUGCGAGUACAGAUGGUACGCCAACAACAUAAACUACUGAACAUUCAAGCACAAUCCUUGGCUGCACAUGCCUCUCCAACCCCUUCUUCAGUUACUUCUUCUCUGUUGACUCCUCCCACUACUACUACUGCCCAACCAAAUGAGAAACGAAAACCCAGAGCCUCUUUCUUAGCUGGGAAUUGUUUUACACCAGAAUCCAAGAAAAAGGGGGCAGAGGAAGAAGUCAGAGAGCUUCGGCAGACUGUAAAGGCUUUGGAGACAGAAAUUGAGAAAAUGAAAAAAGAUCAUACUUUGCAUCUAAAGCAAAAGGAUGAUUUGAUUCGUGAGCUCUCACAGAAGAGUGAAAAGCAAUCAUCAGGAGUGAAAAGAGUCGUCACGAGGGCUAGCUUGCGGCCAAAGGAGCCAAGCACUGGUGAGUUGAAGAGCCCUAGUCACCGUUUCCGGUCACCAAUCCCUACAGCUAAAAAAAGAAGCUUUUGGGACAUAACAACAGCUAACAGCCCCUCAGUUGCUACAUUAAAUGGAAGAAAAACUAGAAGCCAUGUAAUUUCUGAACCUGCAGCGGCUCCCUCCAUGCUUCUUCAGCCAGGUUUUGCUCGACAAAAGCCCGAGCCACUAAAGUAACAUAGAAAGGAGAAGGUGAGAAGACCAGCAUGUUCUGCAUAUAGUGUAUCUUCCUAAUUAGAACAUUCCAUCUGCUCAAUCGGUAGGUGGUAUUUUGUGUUUUCCUCUACUUGUCGUGUGAUCAACAAAGCAAGUAUCUCAAUGCUUCAUUUGUACAAUCUCCUCAUCAAACAAUACCACCCUCACUUAUUCCUCUAGUUCUUAGCCAUGCUUGGAGAAUCCAAAAAAAUAAAUAAAUUUAUAAUUUAUUUGUUUUUAAGAAUA